AAACCGAGUUGUGGUGGUGUGUUUGUGUUGUGCUUUCUGCUUUAGUUACUACGUUUAGCCGGGUACCGUGCGUGUUCGUGGUGCGGCCAGAGUAGUUAGUGUUUACAAGUUUACUUUCAAGAGCAACCAUUUCGUGGCGCGCGAGAUAGCUUCACCGGAACAAACCUACGUGCAAUGAGAGGUUUCACCGACGCUGUCGACUCGCUUGUCUAGCGUGCUUCCCAGUCACCGCGCGAAACAAACUAGCAGACAGCGAUAAUGAAGGUGCAAGAUGUACUCAGCUGCAGUUUCUCUUCUUGGUAUAGCGUCUUCAAAAAUGCUACUAUUACGAGUGUUUGCAUUCCCCUGACGAGCGAGUUCAUAAAGUACCUCCUCUCUGACGGUGUGGUGCUUCCAGGAAAGGCCCCUUCAUCUCAAAAGUACGAGACAGACUCAGAAGAUGAGGUGGACUGGUCCGAAGCUGAUGAUGAUUCCGCAGAGAUCCCCAGCUUCCCAGAGUUGGAAGAAGCAGUGGCCGCCGCCAUCAAACGGCUUGGGGGCCGAGUAUUCCCCAAGUUGAACUGGAGCAGCCCCAAGGAUGCCACAUGGAUUGCCACCAACAACAGCCCCUGCUGCACUUGUUUCGCAGACAUCUGCCUCCUCCUGAAGAGCUCCGAUUUUGUGACGCAUGACCUAACACAGCCAUUUAAAGCCUGCACAGAUUGGAACAAAGGCACGGACACCAGCAACCUUUUCCAGUAUGAGCUCAUCCUCAGAAAAUGGGUGGAAAUCGACCCGAGCACCGAGUUUCGAUGCUUUGUGAAGGACUCCGUCCUAAUUGGCAUUUCACAACGAGACUACACACACUACUACUAUCACAUUGAGGAACAAGAGGCCAACAUCGUUCAGGAUAUAAUGUCAUUCUUUCAUGAGAGAAUCAAGUCCAAGUUUGUCUCUUCCUCAUAUGUGUUCGAUGUAUACAGAAAGAGAAAGGAUGCCGUAAAGCUCCUUGACUUCAAUCCAUUUGGGAUGCACACUGACUCCCUCUUGUUUGAUUGGGAAGAGCUCGAAAACGUCAAGGUGGAUCAGUCUGCUGGGUUGCCAAUAUUUAGAUACAUGAAGGAAAACAGGGGUGUACAGCCCAGUCCUUACCGUCACUACGCCCUACCUCGGGACGUCGUGGACCUGUGUGCCGGUGAAGACGCGCAAAAGCUCAUUGAUCUCAUGAAGCUGAAACGAGGAGAGGAUUCAACCGACGAAGAUGACUGCAACCAGGGCACAAGUUGACAAAGCUGCCGCUUAAAAUGAGAGUAUAUUCGCGAAAAUAAACUUUACACAUUUAUA